AUGAACUUCGUCUCCGUGUUUAACUCUGCUUUCGAUGACAAGGAUGAGAAAUUGCCACCUCCACUAUUCAAAAUAAGUUUAACACAUGUGCUUCAUCCACAAAUCAUGCCGUUUAAUGAUGGCAGACCGGGGUCUCGUUCUGGACAAAAGCGAGAGGAGGAUUCAGUCGCUUCUGGAGGUGGUCAAGGCCCAAGUUUUGUGGACGAGCGCAGUUUAUCUCCUGAGCCAGCUGCAACCAUAAUGCGGGAUGACACGUCACCAGCCGGAUAUGAUGCGAUCGCCAGAGCACCACAUCUUAUAGCAUCAUAG